UUUUAUAGCUCUUGAAGAAAUCGGUUCGGUCGUGACGUCGUAUUAGUAAGCUCCUCUUGUUGUUGUUGUAAACGACGUUUGAACUAAUUUUUGUGAUUUAAUUAAGAAAAAAGUGGAGAUAUACCAGUGAAAAUUUGCAAAUAAAGUGUAUUAGUAUUAACAUCAAAAAUACCAAACCAAAGUGAAACGGCCACACAGCACACACCAUCAAAAUACACACAUACACCAGGAAAAAGGAAAGAAGAUAAAGAGAAGAAAUAAAUAAAAAAUAAAUUAAAAUCCAAUUCCGUGAAGAAGAAGAAGGAAAAAUAGCAAAAAAUUGUGAUAAUUGUGUGUUUUUCUAAAGAGAAGGUGUGAUUUUCUAUAAUGAGUAUGACUCCACAAAGUGAGCAGGAAAAGGUAUUCCAAUGGAUAAACGAAUUGGCGCAUCCAGAAACGCGUGAAGCUGCUCUGCUGGAAUUGAGCAAAAAACGCGAAACAGUCACAGAUCUAGCGCCGAUGCUAUGGCAUAGUUUCGGUACAAUAGCUGCCCUCCUCCAAGAAAUUAUCAAUAUAUAUCCUUCGAUUAAUCCUGCCACAUUAACUGCUCACCAAUCGAAUCGUGUUUGUAAUGCUUUGGCCCUGCUACAAUGUGUUGCAUCACAUCCCGAUACCCGCUCGGUAUUCCUGGAAGCACAAAUUCCCCUGUUCCUAUAUCCGUUUUUGCAGACCACCUCAAAGACGCGGCCAUUCGAAUAUUUACGUUUAACGAGUUUAGGUGUCAUUGGUGCGCUAGUUAAGACUGAUGAACAAGAAGUGAUAACUUUCCUUUUAACUUCGGAAAUCAUUCCCUUAUGCCUUCGCAUUAUGGAAUUUGGCUCAGAACUAAGUAAAACUGUUGCCACAUUUAUUCUACAAAAAAUUCUGCUCGAUGAAAGUGGUCUGUCGUAUGUCUGUCAGACAUAUGAACGAUUUUCACAUGUGGCGAUUAUUUUGGGUAAAAUGGUGAUACAAUUAGCGAAGGAGCCUUCUGCACGUCUGCUUAAACAUGUUGUACGUUGUUAUUUAAGGUUAUCAGACAAUCCAAGAGCACGAGAGGCUUUAAGACAAUGUCUUCCAGAUCAAUUACGUGAUGCAACUUUCUCCGUUUGUUUGCAAGAUGACAAAUCAACCAAACAUUGGUUGCAAUCGUUAAUCAAAAAUCUGGAAUUGGGUGCUGUGCCACCAACAGAUCCACGUCAAAUUGGCAUGUCACCAUUGACCUCAUAAAUUUAAGGUAAACCAAAAAACAAAAAAAUAAAAA